CCUAGAUGAUGCAAUCCACAGUACUUCACAUAUAAAAAUCUCUCAUAUCCUCUGCUAGGGUUUCUCCUUCCUUCAUCACUGCUCUACUACUCUCUCUCUCAUUUCCAAAAGAAAUCAUGGCUGAGCGUGGUGGAGGAGAACGCGGUGGCUUCGGCAGAGGCUUCGGCGGAGGACGUCCCAGGGGAGACAGGGGACGCGGUGGAAGGCGCAGGGCCCGUCGCGAGGAGGAGGAGAAGUGGGUCCCAGUCACGAAGCUCGGACGUCUCGUCAAAUCCAACAAGAUUAAGUCUUUGGAGCAGAUCUACCUCCAUUCUCUCCCAAUCAAGGAGUACCAAAUCAUCGACGAGCUCUGCCCUGGCCUCAAAGACGAGGUCAUGAAAAUCAUGCCCGUUCAGAAGCAAACCCGUGCCGGUCAGCGUACCCGUUUCAAGGCCUUCGUCGUCGUCGGUGACGGUAACGGCCACGUUGGACUUGGCGUCAAGUGCAGCAAGGAAGUCGCCACCGCCAUUCGUGGUGCUAUCAUUUUGGCCAAGUUGUCUGUGAUCCCUGUGAGGAGGGGUUACUGGGGGAACAAGAUUGGGAAACCCCAUACGGUGCCCUGUAAGGUCACCGGAAAGUGUGGCUCCGUCACCGUCCGUAUGGUCCCUGCGCCACGUGGUGCCGGGAUUGUUGCCGCUAGAGUUCCCAAGAAGGUGCUUCAAUUUGCUGGGAUUGACGAUGUCUUCACCUCUUCCAGGGGCUCAACUAAGACACUCGGAAACUUUGUCAAGGCAACUUUUGAAUGUCUGCUGAAAACUUAUGGGUUCCUCACUCCUGAGUUUUGGAAAGAAACUCGCUUCACAAAGUCCCCAUUCCAAGAGCACACAGAUCUGUUGUCAAAACCAGUUGGUAAGCUAAUCCUGGAGGAGCCUGAGAGCCAGAGGGUUGAGGCUUGAGCUAGUUUGGUUAUAACAAUGACGAGACAAAUAUUUUUUUAGAGACUUUUGAGUUUUGAGUACAUGUUGCUGGUUGAGAAGUUUUCUAUUUCAUUCAAGGUUUUGGUAUUGGACUAUCAAAUCCGAUGAUUUUGUGCUUAUUUUGGCUUUAUGAUUAAUUUUGUAUGGAUAUUUCAAUAUUUAUGCUAUAUGAAAUCCAAUGAGAGAGUUAAUUUGAUUC